UCCUAAAAAUCGACAAUCAUCAUCGCUUGUAUUGGAAUUAUUGGAAUUCUAGCCUUAAACAAUCGAAAACCAAAACAAAAGUAGUCAAAAUGGUCAAAGCCGUCGCUGUCGUCCGUGGUGACUCCAAGAUCACCGGAACCGUCACCUUCGAACAGGCCUCCGAGUCUUCCCCUACCAUCAUCUCAUGGGACGUCACCGGCCACGACCCCAACGCCAAGCGUGGCUUCCACAUCCACACCUUCGGUGAUAACACCAACGGUUGCACCUCUGCGGGCCCUCACUUCAACCCCCACGGCAAGACUCAUGGCGACCGAACCGACGAGAAUCGUCACGUUGGUGACCUGGGCAAUGUUGUGACUGACGCUCAAGGUAACGCCAAGGGCUCUGUCGAGGACUCUCUUGUUAAGCUGAUCGGCCCCGAGAGCAUCAUUGGCCGAACUGUUGUGUUCCACGGUGGCACUGAUGACCUUGGCAAGGGAGGUAACGAGGAGUCCCUUAAGACUGGUAACGCUGGUCCCCGACCCGCUUGCGGUGUCAUUGGUAUCUCGAACUAAACAUGUGCCAAAUGGUAUGAAGCCUAGUGACGAAAUUCAGUAUGGUUGAAUGAGUGAACGAUUUAUAGUCGAUCAUAGGUUUUAAAAAAGAAUACAAUCUUUACCAAUUGGAAAUAAAAAUCUAAGCCAUUGACAUAUA